AUGAAGGGUUCAUUUAGAGAAAUGGCGGAAGCAUUUUUGUUCAAUAUAGCUGAUGGGAUCCUGAGAAAGCUAGGCAACCUUACUCUCCAGGAAAUGGGACUGAUAUGGGGUGUCAAAGAAGAGCUUGAGAAACUGAAAAAUACAGUUUCCACCAUCAAAGCUGUACUUUUGGAUGCAGAGGAGCAGCAUGUAAGGAGCCACGAGGUUAUAGAUUGGCUUGGAAAGCUUAAAGAUGCAGUUUAUGAUGCAGAUGACUUGCUGGAUGACUUUGCAACUCAUGUUUUGCAACGCCAAGUCAUGAUGCAGGGGAAAAGAGGGAAACAGGUAAGCUUUCUAUUUUCGAAAGCUAACCAAGUAGCCUACAAUCUUAAGAUAGGUCAUCAAAUCAAGGCCAUUAGGCAGAGACUAGAUGCAAUAGCUGCAGAUAAAACCAAAUACCACUUGACAGACCGGUCCCUUAUAAGCAUACCAGUUGUAAAGGUAGAGAGGAAGCAGACACAUUCUUUCGUGCGAAAGGAAGAUGUAGUUGGGAGGGAGGGUGACAAAGAUGCCAUCAUGAAAAGAUUGUUGGACUCUGAUGUGGCGGACAAUGUUUCAGUCAUACCAAUUCUUGGGAUAGGGGGACAAGGCAAGACCACUGUAGCCCAACUAGUGUACAAUGAUGAGAAAAUUGUGAAACAUUUUGAGUUGAGAAUAUGGGUGUGCGUUUCUGAUGUUUUUGAUGUGAAAUUAAUUGCCCAAAAGAUGUUGGAGUCUGCAACUAAUGCAAAAUUUGAAAAUCUGGAGAUGGAUUCCUUGCAAACUCACCUUCGUAAAAGGAUUGAUGGCAGAAAAUAUUUACUCAUCUUAGAUGACGUAUGGAAUGAUAAUCGGGAGAGGUGGCGUAAUUUGAGAGAUUUGUUAAUGAAUGGUGCAAGGGGAAGUAAGAUAGUAGUAACUACUCGUGCUCAAGUGGUUGCUUCCAUUACAGGCACAACAGAACCGUAUCUGUUGGAAGGUCUUCCAGAGGACAUGUCCUGGUCCUUGUUCGAAAAGAUGGCGUUUAAAGAAGGGCGAGAGCCAAAUAAUUCAAGAUUAAUAGCAAUUGGGAAGGACAUUGUCAAAAGAUGUGCUGGAAAUCCCCUUGCCAUAAGGACCAUAGGAGGUGUUCUAUAUACCAAAGAUACAGAAACAGAGUGGCUCUCUUUGAAAGAGGGCCAACUUUUGGUGAUCACUCAACAAGACGACGUCCUACCCAUACUAAAGUUGAGCUAUGAACAGCUGCCACCAUAUUUGAAGCAGUGCUUUGCUUACUGUUCCUUGUUUCCGAAAGACUAUGAAAUUAACAAGCAAAUGCUGAUCACACUUUGGAUGGCAGAAGGGUUUAUCCAAUCGCUGCAAGGAAUGCAACGUCUUGAGGAAUUAGGGGACCAAUAUUUCAUGGAUCUCCUAAGGCGGUCCUUUUUUCAAGAUGUAGAAUAUGAUGAAUGGGGCAACGUAAUAAGUUGCAAAAUGCAUGAUCUCAUGCAUGACCUUGCUCAACUAGUCGCAGGGAGUGACAGCUCAAUGGUAGAUCUGGAUUGUAAAAACAUAUCUGAAAGAAUUCGGCAUGUAUCAUUCAAUGCUGAGUUAGAUUCAUCCUGGAAAAUCCCGACCCCCUUGCUCAAAGCGAAUAAGAUACGGACAUUUCUUCUUCCUGUGCAACCUGUUCAUCGUGUAAUUUUGGACAAGGUUGAUCACGAAACUGUCAUUUCAAGUUUUAGACUUUUGCGUCUAUUAGAUCUACAUAAUACAGGUAUUGACAUUCUCCCAAGUUCCAUUGGUACGUUGAAACAUUUGAGGUACCUUGAUCUCUCCAAGAAUGAAGUCAUCAGAAGACUCCCAAGUUCCAUUACUGAGUUGCUUAAUUUGCAGACACUGAAACUCUGUUCUUGUAAGAGAUUAGAAGAGCUGCCGAGAAAAUUAAGAAACAUGACCAGUCUUAGGCAUCUUGAGACUGGUCAAUGCACCGGUUUGACACGUAUGCCAUCUGGGCUUGGGCAGCUCACUUCACUUCAGAAAUUAACACGGUUCGUAGUGGGCAUGGAUUCCUUCAAAAGGCCUAGUGGGGGUCUAAGGGAAUUGAAAGACCUAAAUGACCUGAGGGGAGAAGUAAUGAUAGCAAAGCUGGAAAACUUAAAAAAUGUAGUAUCAGAAUGCAAGGAAGCAAACUUGAAAGGCAAACAGCACCUUGAGGUCUUGACAUUAGAAUGGAGCCGAGAAGUCAAUGAUCAUACAACUUUUGAAGAAGAUGAAGAAUUUUUGGAAGGCCUCCAGCCACAUUCAAAUCUUCAAGAGUUUCAUAUUUAUGGAUAUAGAGCAGGAAGUUUCCCGAAGUGGAUGCUUUCUGACAUGUCAUUGAUACUCCCAAACCUACUUGAAAUCACCUUAUGGAGAUGUAACAGAUGCUUACAUCUCCCAUUGUUCAGUCAUCUUCCCAAGCUUAGGGGGCUCAGGCUUGAAGUGGUAACAGCCGUGGAGUACAUUGAAGAUAGCGGUGCUGAGUCAUCAUCUUUAUCAUUUGGAGGCAAUCGGUUAAAAGGAGGAACAGCAUUCUUCCCUUGCCUUAAGCAACUAAUGCUUUUUGACUUGCGUAAUCUGAAGGGAUGGUGGAGGGAAGUCCCUGCAAUUGCUAAUGAUAAUCUUGGCCUAGCAGCAGCAUCAUCACAAAGGCCAUUGCAGCAGAAGGAAUCAAUGACUUCAUUCCCUUUUCUUUCAAAAUUAACUAUUGGGAUUUGCACUAACCUGACAUAUAUGCCAUUGCAUCCUCUUUUGGAAGAACUGGAGCUAAAGUGCGUGAGUGCAAAGCUCUUACAACAGUCAGUGAUGAUAGCAGCAGAAAAAGAAAUCCCAAUGGCAGCAGCAGCAAAUUUGUCGUAUCCACUAUAUCUUUCCAAAUUGAAGGUUAUGCAUAUUGAUAGCAUCAUGGAUUUGGUGUCAUUUCCAGAGAAGGGGCUUCAGCAUCUUACAUCUCUUCAGCAUCUAUCCAUAGCAAAUUGCCCUAAAUUGGUAUGCCUACCUGAGGAAGGAUUGAAUUCUCUCAGGUUUUUCUUUGUUAGUGGUUGUGACAUGCUAAAGUCACUUUCCAAAGGUUUUAGACAUCUAACGGCCCUUGAAGAGCUUGAAAUCAAAGAGUGCAGGGAACUUGAUAUGUCAAACGAUGUGGAAGAGAAUGUCAUGGAAUUGCAAUUCCUCAAGAGCCUUCGCACAUUGAAAAUUGGUGACAUGCCAAAACUAAGUUCUCUCCCUGAUGGUCUUCAACAUGUCACAACCCUGAAAUAUUUACAGAUUUCCAGCUGUUCCAACUUAAAGAGGUUACCAGAAUGGAUUUGCAAUCUGACUGUACUUCAAAGAUUUGAAAUCUUUGAUUGUCCUCAGUUGGUAUCUCUACCACAAACACUGUGCUCUCUGAAUGCAUUACAGUACUUGGAAAUUUCGGGUUGUCCACUGUUAAUGGAUACAUGCCAAAACAAAACAAGCCAAAAUUGGUCAGGGAUUGCUCACAUCCCCGAGAUAUACAUUGAUGGAAAGAAAAUGUGA